AUGGAUGGCCUUUCGGGAGCGGCAAGCGUGAUAGCUGUCAUCGACAUAUCCGCCAAGGUUGCGUCGCUCUGCUUCCAGUACUCAGUCGAGGUUAAGCACGCAAAGGGGGACAUCGAGCGCCUCCACCAAAAGGUGAACGACAUCAAGAAUGUCCUCGAAAAGCUUCAACAGCUUCUUGACAAGCAGGACAAGUCGCAGCUCUCUACUACACGCUCAUUGCUUGACCCGCUCCAAAGAUGUUCUCAGGAGCUAGAAGAGCUUGAGGCUACCCUCCAGGCCAAACUCAAGCCCAGCCAAGGCCGUAAAAAAAUGCAGCGAUUCGGUAUCCGAGCCUUGAAAUGGCCAUUGACGAGCAAGGAGGUAGAGAAGGCGGUUCAAAAUCUUGAGAAAUAUGGGAACACUUUCAGCCUUGCGCUUCAAGUUGAUCAGACAGCGCUUACUCUUCGCAUCGACCAGAAGACUGACACACUUGUAUUACCAACCGCCGAAGGCGCUUCCUUCGACUCCCACAUAGAAGAACAUAACUCAACGUGCCUACCGAACACCCGCAUCGAGUUAUUGCAUCACAUACAAGGAUGGGCAAAGGACCAGAGUGGCAAACCUAUAUUCUGGCUGAACGGCGCGGCGGGCACUGGGAAAUCUACAAUUGCUCGUACGGUUGCCCAGGUCUUUGCCAAGCAAGGGCAACUAGGAGCCAGCUUCUUCUUCAAGAGAGGUGAAGGAGAGCGUGGCAACGCCAAACGGUUUCUCACCACAAUUGCCGCACAGAUGGCUGUUCGCGUACCAGAGAUGCGACCCGGAAUCACGAAGGCGAUCGAUGCCGACCCUGCUAUAGCUGACAAGGCCUUAAAGAAUCAGUUCGAGCAGCUAAUCCUCCAGCCGCUCUCGAAAGUAGGGGAAUCUGCAGCACCUGUGCUUAUCGUUGUAAUAGACGCGUUGGACGAAUGUGAGCAAGACAGCGAUAUCCGAGCGAUCCUCCAGCUGCUUUCGCGAACAAAGGGUCUCAAACCAGUGUUACUGCGUAUCCUCGUAACAAGCCGGCCUGACUUUCACAUUCGCCUCGGAUUUAGGCGAAUGCCUGAUAGCACAUACGAAGAUCUGAUCCUGCACGAGGUGUCCAAGGAUACAAUUGAACACGACAUACGUAUCUAUCUCGAGGAUGAGCUCACCAGGAUAAAAGAAGAGCGCUCUCUUCCUUUAGAAUGGCCCGGAGAAAGGUGCAUCCACACACUAGUGAACAUGGCAGUCCCUCUGUUUAUCUUCGCGGCCACAGUCUGUCGUUUUGUAGGAGAACUUUCUGGAAAUCCUCGAAGGCGUCUAGAGGACAUCCUCGCUUAUGAAACGGAAGAUGUAAGCAAGCUUGGCAUAACAUACCUCCCUAUUCUAGAGUUACUCUUUGCGACUCAAGAUAGGAAGGAGAAAAUGAAGCUUUCUGGAGAGUUCCAAGAGAUAGUUGGGAGCAUCGUGGUUCUAGAGAGUCCUCUCUCCAUCAAUUCACUCGCGCACCUCCUAGGGAAGGCCAAGGACGAUAUUAGCUGUCGACUGGACUCCAUGCACUCUGUUCUAAACAUACCUAACCGCGACGAUGUGCCCGUACGCCUCCUGCACUUAUCGUUCCGCGAAUUCCUAGUCGAUACGUCGAAUCAGAAGAGCCUGUUUUGGGUGGAUGAGAGAGCAAGACACGAGGAGCUGGCAUCCCAUUGCCUUCAGCUUAUGUCCGGCCCAAACGGCCUACGACAGAACAUGUGCGACUUACAGCCUGGGACUUUGAAAAGCGAGGUCAAUAAGGGAAGGAUUACGAGCCAUCUGUCGCCCGAGUUGCAGUAUGCUUGCCGUUACUGGGUGUAUCAUCUCAAGCAGAGCAAGCGCUAUGUUAGCAACAAGGCCACUACAGAUACAUUCCUCCGGAAACACUUCCUCCACUGGCUUGAAGCGAUGAGUCUAAUCGGAGAUACGAAAAAUUGUGCUUCCUUGCUAGAAGCACUUUCUGCGCUAUUAUUAAACAGUGCUCUUUCUGCAUUUCUCCAAGACGCUCGACGAUUUACUCUUCGAUUCCAAUAUAUACUCCAAGAUGCUCCUCUACAAAUAUAUUCCUUGGCUCUCAUCUUUGCCCCGGAGGCGAGUAUAAUCCGGAAAGCUUUUGUAGACGAAAUGCCAGGGUGGAUUAAGGCAAUGUCAAAGAGGGAAGAGGACUGGGAUGCUUGCCGCAGCGUGCUCGAGGGCCAUACCUCCUACGUCUCCGCUGUCGCCUUCUCGCCGGACGGCCAGCUGGUCGCAUCGGCCUCUAACGACAAGACAGUGCGGGUGUGGGAGGCGGCGACAGGGUCGUGCCGCAGCGUGCUCGAGGGCCAUACUUUGAGGGUCACCGCUGUCGCCUUCUCACCGGACGGCCAGUAUCUUCACACAGAUCAAGGCGCAUUGUCUUACACUCAGGUUGAAAUUGAUACCUGGUAUCGCAUGCGCCGGUAUCUUUCUACCAAUUCACGAUACGUGGCCACCUUUCGCGGUCUCUGGGUGCCAGAUACAGUAAGGGAAAUCCUCGUCUUCGUUCAUGUCUGGAAUCUCGUUGCUCAUGAUGGCUCUGGCAUUGAGGGCUCGCGUGAACUCGGGGAGCAAGCCGCGCAGUUCUUCCCCAAAUCCAUGAUGAUAUCUAAUGCCACGGAUCGUGCAGAUGCGGUGGAGUGGAACGCCAAGAGAAUCUGGAAUGGCCUCGCCGCGGAUGGCGUGGUGGCAGGCAUGUUCAUUGGCGGCGUUGAUGGAGAGAGCGUGCAAAUAUGGGUGCGUCAUCUUUGA